AUGGCACAUGGACACAUGAACAAAGAGUCUCUUCAUGUUAGUUCUAUGCCCGCAAAAGCCAAACAGUUUAUGAGAGCAACUAUUGACCUCAAACUCCCGAGAAGAAGCUUGUUAGUGGAAUUUACGUGCAAUGCUUGUGGCGUAAGAUCACAAAAGCUCAUAAACCGACUAGCUUAUGAAAAAGGGAUGGUUUUUGUUCAGUGUACUGGAUGUGAACGGUAUCACAAACUUGUUGACAAUCUAAAUCUUGUGGUGGAGUACGACUUUCGGGAGGAAAUCAAUGCGAGUCCGGAUGCAGAUCAAGUUUGAUUCGUCGUUCUACUCUGUUUUGUAAAUUUGUUCUUUAUCUGACAGUUAAUAUACAUUUAUAAGCCUUCUUUAACCUAUAAUUUAUAACGUUUGUUCUCCA